AACUCCAUAACAAAACAACACAUUUCAAUCCUAAUCUCCAACCCACGAGAAAACCCCAGAAAAUUCUCUACCUUUUUCAUAUAUUCUCUUUGUUUUUGUGAAACUGGGUAAGCUUAAAUUCAUGAAAGUGAAGUACAUUACGAGGCUGAGGCCGCAACGGGUGAUUCAGGAUCAGGACGGCUUGGACGAAAAGAAGGGAGAUGGGUGCUGCUGGGCGGACCUGCCGCCUGAGCUUAUGAGAGAGGUUUUGAUGAGGAUUGAAGCGUCUGAGAGCAGUUGGCCGACGAGAAGGAGCGUGGUGGCUUGUGCUGGUGUUUGCAGGAGCUGGCGGCAAAUCAUAAAGGAGAUCGUCAAAGUGCCAGAGAUUUCAGGGAUGCUGACUUUCCCCAUCUCCGUAAAGCAGCCUGGUCCAAGGGAUUUUCCCAUCUACUGCUUUAUUAAGCGGGAUCGAUCUACUCAAACAUAUUACCUUUAUCUUGGUUUAACCAGUGCACUCUCUGAUGAUGGCAAAUUUCUUCUUGCUGCGAGGAAGUUUAAGCGUCCCACCUGGACGGAUUAUAUUAUAUCUCUAUCCACUGAUGAUAUGUCAAAGGGCAGCAGCGCCUAUAUUGGGAAAUUAAGAUCAAAUUUUUUAGGAACCAAGUUCACCAUCUUUGAUGGCAAGCCACCUUACCCUGGUGCCAAGAUGACUCGCAGUCGCUCCUCAAAGCUAGUCAGCUUGAAACAAGUUUCACCAAGAGUUUCUUUUGGCAACUACCCAGUGGCUCGAAUCUCAUAUGAACAGAAUAUGUUGGGUACAAGGGGUCCUAGGAAAAUGGAGUGUGUUAUGGAUGCCAUCCCUGCCACUGCUAUCAAACCAGAAGGGAUGGCUCCCACACAGACCGAGUUUCCUCUCUUUAACAUGGAUUCCUUACCAUCAACCCCAUUGUCCCAUUCAAAAGCAACUGCUCCACAGAAUAUUAUUUCAGGACCUUUGAAUGAUAAAAGAGAUGGCGCACUGGUGUUGAGAAACAAGGCUCCAAGGUGGCAUGAGCAGCUUCAGUGUUGGUGCUUGAAUUUUCAUGGACGAGUAACAGUUGCUUCUGUAAAAAAUUUUCAGUUGGUAGCUUCUCCAGGAAACAGACCAGCCAGUCCGGAGCAUGAGAAGAUCAUCCUCCAGUUUGGAAAAGUGGGGAAGGAUUUUUUUUCCAUGGAUUACCAGUAUCCAAUCUCAGCAUUCCAAGCAUUUGCAAUCUGCAUCAGCAGCUUUGACACCAGGAUUGCUUGUGAAUGAUACACGAUCUUGCACAGGAAAGUUUGAAGAUUGGUGCAAUAACGGUCGGUGGACUUGAGGUGUCUUUGAUGCAUCAACUUUGAUUUCAGAUUGGUUCACAGUACAAGAGAUGGGAAUCUGUAGGGAGUUACUAGAGUGGAACUUAUUUGUUGGCUAAUAAGUUAACAUAUUAUCUUUUGCAUAUGUAAAUAAGUAACUUAUCUGAAGGAUCUUUCAAUCUUUUCCUAUUUGCCCAUGUAAAUCUUGAACAAACAGACUCAACCUUGUAAAGAUUCUCGGUGCACACAUCAUAUCAUAUGCUUUCAUUCCUACCGUGGUACACCUUGCCUGCAAUCUUGCUAUCUUCCACCAAUUUUGCUCACAUAAUUCUGAUAUCAU